AUGCCAUCUCAGACGACAAUACAGCAGAAAGAUCAUACCAUCCUCUUACUUCCAUUUACUCCUUCUACCUUAUCGGACCCUAGUCAUGUAGUAUCAGUGAUAUUGGAUAUAUUACCGAAAUCAUCCACUCAAUCAUUCACCGUGCUAUUCACCACUCCUUCAAGUCAUCCACAGCUGUAUACCACUAUCAAACGAUCUCCCGCCAAAAACUUUAAGCUAUUACAGACGUUCUUAGGUAGGAUAUACGCUGCGUUGGCUACUGCUCAAUUGAUCGCUGGGAAGGUAUUGAUGGAUGUGGAGAUUCAUUUCAAUGGUGAAAGUGGUUCUUGGAAAGAUAAAUUGUUCAGGAGUGACAAAGGAGAAUAUCAGGUGAUAUAUACCGAGGGAUUACCUAUACCAUCUCAGAUUAUAUCCUUAAUCUCUUCAAUACCACAAAUUACCAUCUCCUUCUCAUCCUCGUCAUCCUCAAACGACCAGAUACCUCCAUCAAACCAACCACCUUCACCCGGACCUGACGUCGUGGCUUUAGGCGGAACGUUCGACCACCUUCACGCAGGACAUAAACUUCUCCUUCAUCUAUCAUUCUUUCUAUCAUCACAGAAACUGAUCGUGGGGUUAAUGGCGGAUAGUUUAUUGGGAAGUAAGAAGUAUCACAAGAUAGUCGAGAAUUUAGAUAAGAGAUUAGAAGGUGUUGAGCGUUUCUUGGAAAGAUUAGGUGGAGUCGGAUUGGAUCAUCGAAAGAAUGACCACGUACUUUCAUCUUCUCCCGAGACGGGUAAAGGGGCAAGUGAAAAGGAUGUAAUCUCGCUUCAAGUCCAAGAAAUAACAGAUAUAUACGGACCAACAUCUACCGACCCCAACAUUCAUGCGUUGGUAGUUUCCCGAGAAACUGUAUCCGGAGGUCAGGCUGUGAAUACCAAAAGGGAAGAAAAGGGGUUAGGAGAGUUGGAGAUUUUCGUGGUAGAUGUUAUAGCUGAUAAACAGGAUUUGAAAUUGGGAGGAGUAGAGGAUGAAGGGGAGUUGAAAGAGUUGAAAAUGGGGAGUACGGGUAUAAGGAAGUGGAUAAUGGAGAAUGGUCAGUGA